ACAGCGCCAUCUAUGGACGAACACUAGUUCCUCGCGCCUCUUGCCAGCCCGACACACCACCUCCCCAUCGCCGCAAAACACAGCACAGGCCGGGCAACUAUUUUUCUCUCAACAAGGACAACAAGGACUGUCACAAUGUCUGACAUGGAAGACGAUUUCAUGUGUGACGACGAAGAAGACUACGACCUGGAAUACUCAGAAGACAGCAAUUCAGAGCCAAAUGUCGACCUGGAGAACCAGUACUACAACUCCAAAGCACUGAAGGAGGAUGAUCCCAAAGGAGCGCUCAGCAGUUUCCAGAAGGUACUGGAUUUGGAAGGAGAGAAAGGUGAAUGGGGGUUCAAGGCACUGAAACAGAUGAUUAAGAUCAACUUUAAGCUGACUAAUUUCCCAGAGAUGAUGAACAGAUACAAACAGCUGCUUACGUACAUCAGAAGUGCAGUCACCAGGAACUACUCAGAGAAGUCCAUCAACUCCAUUCUGGACUAUAUCUCUACCUCCAAACAGAUGGAUUUGCUACAGGAGUUUUAUGAAACUACGUUGGAUGCGUUAAAGGAUGCAAAAAAUGACAGACUUUGGUUUAAAACCAACACAAAGCUUGGUAAGUUGUAUCUGGAAAGGGAAGAGUAUGGGAAGCUGCAAAAAAUCCUGAGGCAGUUACAUCAAUCUUGCCAGUGUGCUCAGUUGUGCACUCUCCAAAAUGUGUAG